AUGGCCGAGGUGUGCAUGGAGAACUACGAUGCAGAAUUCCGCACGACAGCCAAGGCUAGUGACAUACUAGGAUCCUCAAGAGAACAGGCUGCGACCUCCAUCUUACUGAAACAAAUUCCUCUUGUCGUGGCCGGCAGUUUCGGCAAAAUCUUCAGCCGUAACAGCAUCAACAAUGCGCUCCUCGGUGUCGAGCUACCCGCAGUCAUGACGGAGAAGGGUGGUUCCUCGUGGGAACAAAAAGUCGGUGAGAUGCCUCCCAUGCAAGAGAUCAUUGCCUACGGUGGACUCGAGGGCUGGUGA